AGAAAAAUGUCGAAUCGUCGUGUUUCCCUUCCAGUUGCGCUGGCGAUACCCCAACAAUUUUCAUCACGGCUAUCACCUCCGUCACCAGCGUCUCCCGCUGCAACGAGAAGAAGUCUUCCUACAUCGCCGAUCAGUCGCCGAAGUCUACCGUCGACCCCGCGUACCGUGUCCCCAAGACGGUUGAACAAUUUACUGCCAGAUGUUGAUGAGCAUUUUGCCAGUACGAGCACCACGUCCAGCUCGGAAAACUCGCCUCGUCGUGUGAAAAAGCGGUACCCACCGCCAAGAUACCAAUACUCUCUACAAAUGCACCAAAACAACAUCGAAGACGUCGAAAAACGACCGGAGGGAAGUCUUCGAAGUUUUGGAAUUAAGAAUGGAUUUGUGACGGACAAUGGGUAUAAGCAAACGUGCUCCACUGGACAACCAGUUGUUGCACAUAAUUACAAAGAUCGCCGAGCCACGUGUCCAGAAGUCUGGCUAUUCCAAGAAACGUCGAAUGUUCCAAUGCAACAUGUGGUUCUACGUGUCUAUGGAUCAAGGAAUAGCGGGAAGAAAACAUUGCUGUCAGCAAUUAACCAAUUUGCCACGCGGCUCGUCACCCAAUACAAUAAUGAGUCAAAUGAGGGAGAUGACACUUCAUCGAAAACGAUGAAUUUCCUGUUGAAUAACGAGCAAAUCGAGUUGGAAAUGUUGCUGGAAGCCACGUUGGAGAAUUCUCCAUUCGCGUCAUCACUGACAAUGUACGCAAUAGUGUACAACGUUGACAAUCGAGAAUCAUUCGUGUGUGCCACAGACCUGCUCAGUCGGCUUUUGAAUCGAAAAAUUGCUCGCGGAGCCAAUAUUAUACUGAUUGGCAAUAAAAUCGAUUUGAAACGGAAUACGGUGGUGUCGAAAAUGGAAGGAGCCUGCCUGGCCAAAGUACACAAGUGCAAUUUCGUCGAAGUUUCCGCGCAGUACUCGAUGAACAUUUCUGAGCUCUGGACAAUAAUUCUAAAGCAGCUACAGGCUCCGAAAGCGGAGCUCGAGGAGCCCAAUGGAUGGAUGCAUCGAAUCGUGACACGUGGCAAACAGUUGGCUCACUCAGCUGAGCAAAUUGUGCAAAAGUUUUUGUGAUAAAUAAAUUUUCGAUUAUUUUAUGUGGAAAAUGAAAAACAGUAACAAAAU